AAGACAGUCCCACCACUCCACCCACUUUGCCUCCUUUAUUAUACCUUCUCUCUCGGAUCUCUCCCUCUCCAUAAUACACACCACUGUAUGAAAGAGAGAGCUCGUUCUCUCUACUUUACUUCUCUAUUCUACUACAAUUUUUCUUGCUUUGCUAGUAGCUCUUUAUGGCUCUCUUAACUUUCUUACCAGAGCCCUCUUCAUCAUCAAAGACCAAAAAACAACAAUCCAAACACAAGAAAAAACAGCAAAAGAGUAAUACACCACAGCAACCACCAUCUUCAUGGGACCAAAUCAAGAACCUGUUGACUUGCAAACAGAUGGAAGGGUCAAAAGUGCACGACCCAUCAAAAAACGGCACCGUUGGGACGUACUCGAAGCUAGGCUCUUCUUGCAGCUCCAUAUGUAACUUCAAAGACGUGGUUCAUGGAAACACUAGGGUUGUUCACAGAGCUGAUAACUCGCCCGAGAGUAGCACAGUGGGUCAGGAAACUGGGCUGCUGAGUCGGAAACCAGUUACAUCUGGGUCGUCAACUCGGUCUGUAUCUGGGUCAUCAAGAUCCAACGGUGGAGCAACGUACACGUCUUCUUCCAAAGGAAUGCAAUUUAGGAAGCUUUCUGGGUGUUAUGAGUGUCACAUGAUCGUUGAUCCAAGCAGGUACCCAAUGCCAAGGUCCACCAUGUGUGCUUGUUCUCAGUGUGGGGAAGUGUUUCCAAAGAUUGAAAGCUUGGAGCUUCACCAAGCAGUUCGUCAUGCUGUAUCGGAGCUGGGCCCAGAAGAUUCGGGCCGAAACAUAGUGGAAAUAAUCUUCAAAUCAAGCUGGCUUAAGAAAGACAACCCCAUCUGCAAAAUCGAACGGAUAUUAAAAGUCCACAACACCCAAAAGACGAUCCAACGGUUCGAGGACUGUAGAGACGCAGUGAAGAACCGUGCACUCACGAGCACCAGAAAGAACCCCAGGUGCGCAGCCGACGGUAACGAACUCUUACGGUUCCACUGUACGAGCCUGGGCUGCACCCUGGGCGCGCGUGGGUCGUCCAGCCUUUGCGGGUCCGUACCUGGGUGCGGAGUCUGCACCAUAAUCAGGCACGGGUUCCAAGGCAACAAUAAUUGUAGUAAUAAGGCUGGUGGGGCCUUGGAAAGUAAGGGGGUUCGGACCACUGCGAGUAGUGGUAGGGCCCACGACUCAUUGGUUCAGUGUACCGAUGGGCGUAAGGCUAUGUUGGUGUGUCGUGUGAUUGCUGGGAAAGUGAGGCGCGUUGCGGAUGAUACGGCUGCGGCUGCGGCGGUAGAGGAGGAGAGUGUGUCAGCUGCUGCUGCUGCCUGUUACGACUCCGUAGCCGGCUCCGCUGGGGUCUACUCUAAUCUCGAGGACCUUCUUGUUUUUAAUCCUAGGGCUAUUCUUCCUUGUUUUGUUGUUAUUUACAAGGCUCUGGAUUCUUAAUUAAUUAUGGAAGAUUAUUUUAUAAGACAGUGUCGUAAGAUAUUUCUAGA